AUGAAGGAACAUGAAGUAUCACCAGAAGUUAUCAAUGAACUGAUACAAUUUCUUUCGCCGAAUAUAGAUCGUAAUUUGCGACAGCAAGCGUUGGACUAUGUUAUUGGUCUUUCGGCAUCUGAUCACUUUGAUGUGAUAUUUCAGGCAAAUGAUUUCUUGUUAGGACGGUCAUUGUGUCGAUUAAUCUGCGAAGGCCACAUAGAUGACACUGAUGUACUUCCUGCAAUAAUUAAUGCAACUGCUACCGAGAUAGUUUGUGCUAAAUAUGUAACUGAUAACACCGAACUUGUCCAGCGAUGUAUUGAAUAUUGUCGAGAUUGCAAUGAUCAAUAUUCAUUGAAUGCAGCAAAAUUGUUAACCAAUUUAUCGUUACAUUUUCCAGACAACUUGUACGAUGCUUUGAUAAAAGAUUGGGAUGAUUUUAUUUCUGAUACAAUAAGAAGAUUAAAUGAUUCAACGUCCUGCGAGGCUGCUGAUUAUCUUGGUUACGUGCUUGUAAACUUUACUUCAAUUGCAAAUGUCCGCUGUUUAUUAUGUGAGAAGUAUGUUCGACAAAUAUUACCACUGGUGGAUUGGAAUAAGAGACCAAGAAGGUGUUUAAUUGCGACUGAUAUUUUACGGAAUAUGUGUUUUGAAAUCAGUUGCCAUUCGAUACUUCUGGAUAAAAAUGAUGAAUUUUUGAGCACACUGUUGAAACCGUUAGCUGACAUAAAUGAUAAUUUGAAGGAUGAUGAGAUUGAAAAGUUACCACUUCAAUUGCAAUACUAUGAAGGUCACCGGUGUCAAGAUUUUUCAAUCACAACUAAAGUUGUCGAAGCACUCUAUCAGUUAUGCGAAAGUAAAGUUGGUCGUGAAACACUACGCAUCAAAAAUAUCUAUGCAUUGUUGCGAGAAUUUGAUCGUGCUUCAUCAUCUUCAUUAUUAUCAGUAAAGAAGAAGGAGGACUCAAUGAUUACAUCACCAAUGAUAUCGAAUAAUGUGGAUAACAUCACGAAUAAUCAUUCUCAGUCUGGAAUUGAUGAUUCAAAAGAUAUGCAAGUUGUGUCAACAGUUCAUAAUAUUCAGGAACUGAGUAUAGAAUGUGAUAACAUGCAAAAUAUGGAAUUUAUGAAUGAAAACGAAAAUUUAAUAUACAUAGAUGGACAAAACUGUUCGACUUUACAUGCAUUGAUUGGUUUACUUAUUCAGGAUUGA